GUGCUAUUUCUGAAUGUUGAAACAGGCUAAAUAAAGUUUCUUGCUAGUUUUUUGUUCCUUCUGCUGCUAACUUUUUGUAUGUAAAGAAGAUUAAUGCAGCAGUUCUGUGGAUCGCUAGAGAAGCAGAGAAUUCAUUAUUUUGCCUUCCUGCAUUUAAUGUGUGUAUCCUGCAUCUACAGAGAAAACGUAGCUCGUAUUUUGUUGCAAGAGAGAUGAUAUUAACUGUGUUUCUGAGCAACAAUGAGCAGAUUUUGACAGAAGUUCCAAUUACACCUGAAACCACCUGCCGUGAUGUAGUAGAGUUCUGCAAAGAGCCUGGGGAAGGAAGCUGCCACCUGGCUGAAGUAUGGCGUGGAAACGAACGCCCCAUCCCCUUUGAUCACAUGAUGUACGACCACCUACAGAAGUGGGGUCCCCGCCGGGAAGAGGUCAAAUUUUUUCUUCGUCAUGAGGAGUCACCAGCUGAAAGCAAUGAACAGAGUGUUCGUCAAGUCCAAAAUCAAAGAAAUGGAAUAAAUCUGCCUGUGGAGAAGCGUACAGAGAAUGGGGUUGGGAAUCCUCGGGUCGAGCUCACUCUUUCUGAACUUCAGGAUAUGGCUGCCCGACAACAGCAGCAGAUUGAAAAUCAACAGCAGAUGUUGGUUGCCAAGGAACAACGGUUACGUUAUCUGAAGCAGCAGGAGCGUCGCCAGCAGCAAUCUGUUUCUGAGAGUGAAAAGCUUCAAAAACUUAAAGAACGAGUUGAAACCCAGGAGACAAAGCUGAAAAAAAUCCGUGCCAUGAGAGGACAAGUGGAUUACAGCAAGAUCAUGAAUGGCAAUCUGUCAACCGAAAUUGAACAUAUCAGUGCCAUGUUCCAGGAAAAGCAGCAGGAGCUACAGGCUGCAGUGUUAAAAGUGGAUCAACUUACUCAGCAACUGGAGGACUUAAGAAAAGGAAAACUGAAUGGGUUUCAGUCCUAUAACGGACAGAUGACAGGACCUGCAGCAGUAGAACUAAAAAAACUAUAUCAAGAGCUGCAGAUUCGUAACAGGCUUAACCAGGAGCAGAACUCGAAGCUUCAGCAGCAGAAAGAACUCUUAAACAAACGUAACAUGGAGGUGGCCAUGAUGGACAAGCGCAUCAACGAGCUGCGUGAACGACUGUACAAGAAAAAAGUUGAGGCACGUCAAAAAGAAAACAUUCCUUUAAACCGUAUUAAUGGAACUUCAUCACCCCAGUCAUCCUUGAGCGCUUCAGGAAGGGUUGCAGCAGUGGGACCUUACAUCCAAGUUCCAAGCGCUGGCACUUACGCUGUGCCGGUAGAUCCAGUUAAGCCACAGUCUCUCAGCAUUGCAUCUAGCUCCACACAUGGAAGAUCAAAAUCUGAGACAGACUUUGGGUGUGUGAAAAAAUCUCCAGACACCUGGAAGGUUUCUGAUUUAGACAUAAUAGUGGAUCCUAUUCUGUCACCUUCCACUUCUCUGCAGUCUGCUGGUCACAAUGUCAUCCGCCUGGCACCUACUGUCUUUGACACCCAACACUUGAAUGAUGGAAAUUGGCCAAUACUUAAGCAGAGUUCAACUCCUGUGGUAAAGCCCCCCCAGAUCUCCAACACAGACUGGAAAGAGUCAAGCAUGGAUACUGCUCUGAAACAGGGAACCAUUUCCAGCCAGCCGCUGCCAACCUCAGUACUGGGCAGUACCGAUAAGCUGGGCCUUGACUUGGGGAAGGCGCCGGCAGCGGGCCCCGGUGUCAGCAAGCAGGUGCCGCAGAACUACGGCACGUACCCCAGCGCGGGGCCGCUGGGCRCGGGCUCCACCAGCUCCCUGGAGCGCCGCAAGGAGGGCAGCCUGCCCCGCGCCGGCGCCGCGCGGCCCCGGCCGCUCCCGCCGCCCGCCGCCCUCCACCAGCCCAGCUCCUCGCAGCAGAUUCAGCAGAGGAUUUCCGUGCCCCCCAGCCCCACGUACCAGCCCGCGGGGCCCCCCUUGUUCCCAGGGGCGGACGGGCGCCCGGAGCUCCCGCUGACUGUGGCCAUCAGGCCUUUCCUGGCCGAUAAAGGAUCAAGACCUCAGUCGCCCAGGAAAGGGCCACAGACGGUGAACUCCAGCUCCAUCUACUCAAUGUAUCUUCAGCAAGCAACGCCACCAAAGAAUUAUCAACAAGCCGUUUACAAUACGUUAAAUAAGUCAGUAAAAGCAGUUUAUGGAAAACCCGUCUUACAAUCUGGCUCAACUUCUCCCUCACCAUUGCCGUUCCUUCAUGGCUCCUUGCCUGCCCAGACUUCGUCACAGCCUCAGACUGAGCUCUCUGAAAAAGAUCAAGAGCUGGAGAACGUUCCAGCAUCCAGUGAGAACAGCAAUGUGGAAAACAUUCCUCGUCCUCUCAGUCCCACUAAGCUGACGCCUAUUGUGCAUUCCCCGCUACGGUAUCAAAGCGAUGCUGACCUUGAAGCCCUGAGAAGAAAACUGGCCAACGCGCCGAGGCCGUUGAAGAAGCGGAGCUCUAUCACUGAACCAGAAGGCCCAAGUGGACCCAAUAUACAGAAAUUACUGUACCAGCGCUUUAACACUCUGGCUGGAGGAAUCGAAAGCGCUCCUUUUUAUCAGCCAAGCAACCCCCAGGACUUCAUAGGCAUCUUGGCAGAUGUUGAUAAUGGCAACGCCAGCACCAACGGCAAUAUAGAGGAGCCCGUUUCGGUGCAGCCAACAGUCCCUCUUCCUGAUGAGCCGCCGCCUUCCUCAGAUGCCAACGAUAACGAGUUACCUUCUCCUGCUUCGGAGGAGCUCAUAAGCACUGAAACCACAAAUCAAACAUCUGAGACAACCGAAGAUGACGACAACAACAACGUGGCCAUMGUCCCUGCUGUUGAACCGUCACCCACUCCCACACCUGAGGUCAGCUCUCCAGUAGAGGAAGAAGCUCCUUUGCCACCAGCUCUUCCUCCUCCUCCUCCUCCUCCAACCAAACGGACGAACCUGAAGAAACCCAACUCCGAAAGGACCGGCCACGGCUUGAGGGUCAAGUUCAAUCCAUUAGCCCUCCUGCUGGAUGCUUCUUUGGAGGGAGAAUUUGAUCUUGUGCAAAGAAUCAUAUAUGAGGUCGAUGAUCCCAGUAAACCCAACGAUGAAGGAAUUACACCUUUGCAUAAYGCAGUGUGUGCUGGUCAUCACCACAUUGUGAAGUUCCUGCUCGAUUUYGGCGUAAAUGUAAAUGCAGCAGAUAGUGAUGGAUGGACACCGUUGCAUUGUGCUGCUUCCUGCAAUAGCGUUCACCUCUGCAAGCUACUUGUGGAAUCUGGGGCAGCAAUUUUUGCUUCAACUAUAAGUGAUAUAGAAACUGCUGCAGACAAGUGUGAAGAGAUGGAAGAAGGUUAUAUUCAGUGUUCCCAGUUCCUGUAUGGCGUGCAGGAGAAGCUGGGGGUGAUGAACAAGGGAGUCGUGUACGCGCUGUGGGACUACGAGGCGCAGAACAGCGACGAGUUGUCCUUCCACGAGGGCGACGCCAUCACCGUCCUGCGGCGCAAGGACGACAACGAGACCGAGUGGUGGUGGGCGCGACUCAACGACAAGGAAGGCUACGUGCCCAAAAACCUGCUCGGGUUAUAUCCACGAAUAAAACCUAGACAACGAACCCUUGCUUGAAUUCAGUUGUACAAGAGUGCAAUACCUUGCUGGUAACUGGAAACUUAAAGCAUACACUGGAGCCAUCACUUUCAGUCAUUUCACCUGGAGAAAUAAAACUUUGGCAUUUAGUUUAAAGGUGCUUUCUCUUGUUAAAUCGACAGCRUUCAAGGUCUGCAGUUUGUAAAUGAGGAUCAUUUUCUGUGAGCCAGCACUGAGGGGGGAGCAGCAGCAGCUCCGCUCCCUCCGCAGUGAGUUAAGCGCCGUAGCAGGAGCUUCCGCGUGUUCASUGUUCGGAGGUGUCACUUGCAAAGYGCAGAGAUGCUCUCUGCUCUGCUCCAAUCCCACAGUUACUGUCCCACGUCAGAACUCCGGAUAGUUUAUUUCAUACCAGUGAAUGUUGAGUUCUCUCAUUACCACUUCAUUUUUUGGGUUCUAGGACGCAAGAUUUUCGCCUGCUCCGUGCGUAAGUAGUCAUCAAAGCUUUAAGAGGGCUAGGAUUUUAAGUGUUAACAUACUCCACACUUAAGUCCUAGUCUAGACAACCCCAACAAAAGCUUUACUUAGUCUAGCAUCUAAUAUUAUUUGCAUUUAGAGACAAGCUAGGGAACUAACAAAGCAACAGGAUUUGUACACUUUUCAAGCUCCCCCCACCGUGAUUCACUUGGUGUUUUAUUUUCUCGUUYCUCCACUGACAGCACCAGUGUUACCUCUACUAAUGUAAAGGGUGCCCUACUAACCCCCCGAGUUUGUUACGGCCAAAAGAGCUUCCUGGGAAGCGUGCAGCAGCGCAAGGGACGUGGAUGUCUGCAGGGAGAACGUGCAAUAGUUGGGAAGGGGAGAGGCUGGUAACGGUUACGUGGUGUGAGGCUGCCCGGCGGUGAAGGACGGAACAGGAGGAAGAGGAGGAGGGUGGAGAUGCCGAGGCUGGAGGAAGGAAACAAGGGCUGGAGAAUUUUGGAAAGGCAGUAGCUUAUUUGAGGACAGUUUCUGUGGUUCUUGGCAACUUCCAUCUGUUGCCAAGGCAAGUUAUGCAAUAAACUAUUCCACUACAUUGUAGUUAUAAGCAAAAAAAAAAAAAAAAAGAAAAAAAAAGGCACUUCACUGGAAUUUUAAUUGUACAUGAUUUUAUAUACCAAAAGUAUAUUUUGAAUUUCCCAUUCUAAGUUGUAGCCAUAUUUCUUGUAAUUUUCUCCUGUUAAACAGUAUGCAAUUUGAUUAAUUCUUCAUGUA